CCCACUUGAACGACGUGCUCGACGUGCUCUCAUCAGUAUUAUUUUCUACUGUACUCAUCAAAACUUCCUUCAGAUAUAAAUUACACGAUAUCAUCUUAUUCGGCACUGUCUACAAGAUCACCAAUGGCUGGGAAGCGCAAGAGGGAAGCAGCAACUCCUACCAUUGAGGAUGGUGCAUUGGGUCGAUGGGUUCGGACAGUGGAGGUCGGUACGAGGCAGAAAGCGCGAUACAUCAAGUUACCUGCGCCCCAAAAACAAAAUUGGAAUAUACCGAUGAAUCCCAUGGUAGAGAGUAAGCAGGAGGAGGAGGAGGAACAAGACCAACUGCAGGUGUGCACCGUCUGUGCCCAAAGUCUGAUUCGCUCUAACUUACGUUCAGGAGCCUUCCACAUCAAUGCCUGCUCUAGGAGAGUUCUCGAAACUUGAGAAACUCUUUGAGGAUGAGCUUCUUAGGAGAGAAGGACCUUUCAAGCCGGGAGAGCGGUGCCGUGACUGUCUGCAAGGUUCAGCGGUGAGCCGAUGCACCGAGUGUUUUGGGCGACAGGGCUUCUGCGAUGCGUGUAUAGCUCAAGCACACAAAGCUCUACCGUUCCAUCGGAUACAGAAGUGGAACGGUCUUUUUUUCGAACGAGUUACGUUGACAAAGCUCGGUGCUAUUCUGGCGUUCUGCCAAUGCUGCGGCAGCAACUGCAACAGAAGAAAAAUUACCGUCGUUCAUACCAAUGGCCUGCACGAGGUGGAAAUCGGUCUUUGCGCAGGUGCUUCUGCUUCACCCCACUUCAUACAGCUACUGCAACAUGAUAUGUUUCCCGCAACUAUCAAAAGCCCGGUUACGGCUGUCACCUUCGACUGCUUGCGCGAUUUUCACCAACACAGUCUUUGUUCCAAAAAAUCUGCCUAUGACUACGUCACGAAACUCGCCCGAAGCACAGACAAUGUCGUCCCAAUGAGCACGAG